AUGAACCAGAGCGCGCAGCAGUCCGAGCCCUUCGACUAUUCGUACUACGAGUAUCCGGACUGGUACUCGAACAACGCCGAGCCCACCAAGCCCCCAAAAGAGGUGAUUCUUCCGUGUGAUCCGGUGGCUGAUGAUAAAAUCUUCCACAUCGUGAUCCUCUCUCUCUCCUUGGUGGCGCUGUUGGUUCUGGCGUUUCUGAGCAGAAAGAACAAACUGUGUGAGGGCUUCACCCGCGGAGCCUCCUCCAUCUUCAGUCCGGUGAACUUCCUGGACCAGACCCAGGACAAGUCUCUGGUCUUGGCCGUGUUCGGUUUGGUCUUCAGUAAACUGGCCGUGAGCGUGAUCGCCCCGGACCCCCUGCCCUUCUACAAGGACACGCCCCCUCACCUCAAAGAGUAUCUGAAGAUCGUGUCCAUCUUCUAUUACCCGCUGCUCUACUGCCCCCUGCUGGUCUGCUCCACCCUGCAGCGCCGCACCGGGUACCUCCUCGGGACCCUCCUCUCCUUCAGCCACGGAGCCGUGCUGCUCUGGCAGAAGGUCGACUGCCCCAAGACCCCCGAGUUGUAUAAGUUCUACUCUCUCCUGGCGUCGCUGCCUCAGCUCCUCUGCCUCUUCUUCCUCUGCGUUCGCUUCGUCCUCCUCUUCGUCAAAGGACCGGAGCACGAGCAGGACCUGGACAGCAGCUACUACACCGAGUACGUGAAGGAGCUGCUCAAGAAGAAGCCCUCAUCCAGUUCGUGUGUCUCAGAUCAGUCCGGUCUGGUGCAGAGGAUCCUGGAGCUGCCCAAGAGUUACAUCUACGUCCCAGAGAAAGUUUUCCGGUUUCCUCUGAAGUUUUCCGUCGGAGCGUUCGUGUCCUUCGUCUGCAUUUACCACACGUCGCUCCUCCUGAUCGUCCUGGUGGUUCCGACGCUCCACAUCGUGCGCGCCGGGAUCGACGAGAACAUGUUCUACCUGAUGAUGGGCUUCGGGAUCGUUCUGUCGGAAGAUCGGCAGGAGACGGUGCAGAUCCUGGUCUAUUACACAUGGCUCCUGGAAGUCUGUUAUCUUUGUGCUAUGACUCUGUCCAUCGUGGUCAGUCUCCUCAUGCUCAUGAAGUCCAUGCUCCAGCACAGGUCAAACCUUCGGGCCUUGUACAGAGGAGACAUGUGUGAGAUCUUCAGCCGACACAAAGCUCUGGAGCCCAGUCCGGGGGGUGUGGUUUGUUGGAUGGGGCUGGUGGGAUAUCAGGCCGCCCUCUACAGUCUGGGCAUGGUUCUCCAGACGGUGGUGUUCUUCAUCUGCUUCCUCUUCCUCGUCUUCCUGGUGAUCGUCCCGGUGUUUUACGGGAGGAACCUGCUGAUGUUCGAACAGGCGGCUCACACCUGGUCGGCGUGGGUGACCCUGAUCCUCGUCACGGUUCUUCAACACGUCACGGCCAAGUUCAUGUUCGUGAAGAAAGAGUCUGGAACCACAGACAUCGACAACAGGGACUCCCUGUUCCUCCUCACCUACUUGUUGUUCCUGGUGAAUUCUGUAGUCGGUUUGUUGGUGUCGAUGUGGAGGAUCCUGAUCUCGGCCGUUUACAACCUGAUCCACAUGGGCCGGACCGACCUGAGCCUCCUGCACCGGACCAGCCAGGACUACGACCCAGGUUACUGGUUCUACACUCAGUUCCUGUCGGUGGAGGUGAGUCAGACUCAUCCUGUGAUGAAGUCCUUCUGUGGUCUCCUCCUGGACCUGAUGAUGGACGGAGGAAGAGCCGCCCACAAGAUCCAGCAGGUCGAGGAAGGUCUUCAGGAGAACCGUCCAAACGCCGCCGUCUUGAGUCGUCGGAUCCGCAGACGUUGGCGGCUCCUCUUCACUCUGGUCAAUAAUCCGUCUCUGCUCGGCUCCAGGAAACACUUCCAGACCCCGAGCGGCCAGACCCACGCUGCCCACGCUGCCCACGCUGCCCACGCUGCCAACGGCACGCCCACCGCCAACACAGGAAGCAGGAAGUCACAGGCAGGAAGUAGGAAGGAGCCUGAGCUGGAGGUGGCGGUCGAGGCUAAAACCGAAGAGCAGUAG